AUGCACCACCUGGCCAGAGUUGACACCGCCAUCGCUGGCGAGGCUGCAAGAGCAACGCAGUCUGAGAUCUCCAUGACUCUGCUGCAAGGUAUCAAGACUUAUCCAAAGGCUAUCGGCUGGUCUAUCUUGCUCUCAACCUGCAUCAUCAUGGAAGGCUUCGACAUCGUACUCAUCAACUCUCUGAUGGCCCUUCCUGCUUUCCAACUUCGCUUCGGCGAGCCAUCAGCCGAUGGUAGCUACCAAAUCAGCGCAGCAUGGCAGUCUGGUUUGUCCAAUGGAGCUCUGGUCGGUGAAGUCAUCGGUCUGCUAUUCAUUGGUUAUAUCGUCGAACGUAUCGGCUACAAGAAGACGAUGGUUGGCUCUCUUGUUGGACUCACUGGCUUCAUCUUCAUCGUCUUCUUCGCCCAGAGUCUGCCAAUGCUUCUUGUCGGCGAGAUUCUCAUGGGUAUUCCCUGGGGUGCAUUUCAGACAUUGACCACAACUUACGCUGCUGAGGUUUGCCCUGUCAGUCUCCGUGCAUAUUUGACGACGUACGUCAACCUAUGCUGGGUCAUCGGCCAGUUCCUGUCCUCGGCCGUGCUCAAAGCUGUCGCCGACAAGACCGGACCGAUUGGCUACAAGCUUCCCUACGGACUGCAGUGGAUUUGGCCACUACCUCUGAUCAUAGGUAUCGCACUGGCACCAGAGUCUCCGUGGUGGCUCGUUCGCCAAGGUCGCCGCGAAGAGGCAAAGGCACAAGUUCUCAGAUUGACGUCGCGCAAUCAGACAGAUUCUGGCUUCAACGCCGACGAGACGGUGAACAUGAUGGUUUACACAGAUGAACUUGAGAAAGCGAGCACAUCCGGCACAAGCUAUCUGGACUGCUUCAAGGGCACUGACCGGAGACGCACUGAAAUUGUUUGCAUGGUCUGGGCUGUUCAGACUUUGUGCGGUGCAUCUUCUUUCACAGGUUACUCGACUUACUUCUUCGAACAAGCUGGCCUCGAUGUCUCAUCGGCAUUCUCGAUGACUCUCGGGCAAUACGGUCUUGGUGCUGUCGGUACCGUUCUCUCAUGGUUGUUGAUGAUGAAGUUUGGACGUCGCACGCUAUACUUGUGGGGCCAGAUCGCCAUGGCUUCGAUUCUCAUGAUUGUCGGUUUGCUCGGUAUCGCCCCUGCAUCUGCCGCUGGUGCGCACUGGGGUAUUGGAGCCAUGAUCUUGAUCUACACCUUCAUCUACGACAUGACUGUUGGACCAGUGUGCUACUCCCUCGUCGCCGAGAUUCCAUCAACUCGUCUGAGGAACAAAACUGUCGUUCUCGCUCGCAAUCUCUACAACAUUACCGGUGUCGUUGCCAAUAUCCUCACACCUCAUAUGCUCAAUCCUGAUGCCUGGAAUUGGGGCGCGAAGGCUGGCUUCUUCUGGGCAGGCACUGGUGCUCUAUGCGCCGUGUGGACAUACUUUCGGGUACCGGAGCCCAAGGGUCGCUCUUAUGCUGAGAUGGACAUGCUAUUUGAUACCCACGUUUCCGCUCGCAACUUCAAGCAGACCAAAGUUGAGUCUUUUGGUUCCAUGGCAAAGGCGGAAAAACUUGGGGAUGCGGACGAGAAAAAUUCGUCACAACACGUUGAGGAGGUCGGAUGCCAAUCGAAUUGA